GAGUUCUUGUGUACUGAAGUUUAUCGUGCAAUUGCGUGCAAUAGUUACGUUAGCUUAUAUAAUAUUAAAUGGGGGGGAGGGCUGUAUAGGACUGAAGAUCGCGUUGUUUUUGUUGUACGCAUGCUAAGCUGUCAAAAGACUUAGUUACUUUUCUUGGCUUUGGUGUAAUACUUUAAUUAAAAUGUAUUUCUGACGUGCUAUAUUCAACCCACAAGGGUUGGAUGGUUGAAAAGCGUUUAGUAUGCUAGUUUGAAUGUUUUUUUGUCACUAUUUUUACAGUUACAUUUAUUUUUUGUUGUGUAUUGGUUUUAAUAAAAACUUCGCUUCCGGGAUAUACUACGGGUACCCGCAACCCUGUAGGUGGUACUGAACGAAUGGAGAGCCGUGACUGCAGAACAGUCCCCAUGAUCCAACAUGCUGUGAUCUCCUCUAGAGCCAUCGCGUGGCGAUCUUUCCGCUGUCCGCGGUCGGAGCUGCGGCUAGACUUGACGCUAGGAUGUGGACAGACUUUCCGGUGGCGUGAAACAGCCGACGGGCACUGGACAGGAGUGAUGGGAGGCCGCGUGUGGACACUGAUGCAGACAGAGGACAGGCUCUGGUACCACACUUACGACUCGCAGGUCAGCACAGCGAGGCAGGCUGGCAGGAAAUGGCCAGGGCAGGGUGAGCGGCUCGAGACCACGAAGAAACUGAAAACACAGGCAGCGGCUGUGAAGGAGGAGCCGGAGGGAGGCACGCAGGAGCAUGGGGAGGCGACCUCUCAGUGGGACGGAGGUGAAGAGGAGACCUUGAGAGAUUACUUCCAGCUAAAGGUGUCACUGGGGGAGCUAUACAAAGAAUGGACAUCUGUGGACCAUCACUUUAAGGACAUCGCCAACAUAUUUACAGGUGUGAGGAUGCUGCGUCAGGAUCCCACCGAAUGCCUCUUCUCCUUCAUCUGCACCUCCAACAACCACAUCUCCCGCAUCGAGGGCAUGAUAGAGCGGCUCUGUGCCAAACUGGGAGCUCCCCUGUGCCAGCUGGAUGGCACCGCCUACCACGAUUUUCCCACUUUGCACGCUCUGGCAGAUGGCAGCGUGGAGGCAAGUCUCAGAGACCUGGGUUUUGGUUACCGCGCUCGCUUUCUGCAGCAGAGCGCAAGGCAGAUUCUGGACCAGCACGGAGCCGACUGGCUGGGUGGCCUGCGCAGUGUGCCCUAUGAACAGGCCCGCAGUGCUCUCCGCACCCUUCCUGGGGUGGGCUUCAAGGUGGCAGACUGCGUGUGCCUGAUGUCGCUGGAUAAGUCUUGUGCGUUGCCUGUGGACACACACAUGUGGCAAAUCGCACAGAGGGACUACAGCUGCACCGUGGCAACGGGCCGCAAGACUCUGACAGACAAGGUCUACCAGGAAAUCGGAGACUUUUUCAGGAAGCUGUGGGGUCCGUAUGCUGGCUGGGCACAUUCUGUGCUGUUCUGUGCCGACUUGAAGAAGUUCCAGAAGCUAAAAGAGCCUCCAGUAAAGAUGGAGGGAGAGGAGGAUGAGAAAGAGAGUAAAGGAAAGACGAAGGCUGAAAAGAAACAUGGAAAAGCGAGAGCUAAAGUGUGUAAAACGUGACGUUUUGGUGAAAAAGGAGAACGAGUCUGAGCUGCUGUUGAAGUUUCACAGACAACCUUGAAACGCUGAACUCUUGUUAAGUACUUUUUUAUAUGUAAUGUAAUAUGUAAUGUUUUUAUAUGUACCUUUUUAUAUGUAAAUCUUUUUUGCAAAUUUUAUACAAAAGUUUUAGAUACUGAAGUUUGGUAAAAGAAAAAACAAAAAAAAACAAAAAUGUAUCCGUAUUUAAUUCUCUUGAAUUAAACUGAUUCCAUCUGUAAAAA